AUGACCGGAGGCACUGUUCAACACGAGUCUAGCGGGGCUGCCCAGCUCUUCCUGGAGAGUAGCCCCAGUGUUAAGGGGGAGGAGAGGCCGCCUUUGAAACAGGAUAAAUUCUUCCUCAUACAACUCCCUAACACGUUCCCUCGAGUCGUAGCAGAAAAGGAGGAGGAAGAGAGCAAACCUCGUGCGAAAGGUUCGUUGGCACCAGCUCCCGAACAGGAAGUAUCAAGCUUCUCCGACGUACCCGACGGGAAGAUCGGCACCUUACGUAUCCAUAAGAGCGGGAGGGUCUCGCUCCUCAUAGGGAAUAUUGAGUAUUCGUGCGCCCUUGGACAGAAGCCGAAGUUCGCGCAGGAAGUUGCCUGCGUUCUUCCCACACAAGGCGAAGCUGUCUUCAUGGGGGAAAUUGAAGAUAAAUUGAUCGUGUCGCCGAAGAUCUGA